CCCUCUUCUUCCCCUCUCUUCUUCUUCUUCUUCUUCUUCUUCUUUUUCUCUGUCUCACUCUCCCCUGUUUCCCAAAUGUCCAUCAACAAUUUCUACCACCAAAUCCCAUCCGAACAACAACAACAACAGAACCAGUGGUGGCAACAACAGCAAAUGGACCCAAGCCCAUCAACACUCCCAAACGCUUCCUCUUCCUCCAAUUCCUCCUCCCCAUCCCCUUCCCCCUCCAAUUGGCCGCCGCCGCCGCUCCACCACCAAAUCCCCAAUUGGCUCUCCUCCUCCUCUGCCGCCGCCGCCCCCAAUUUCAACCUCAACGCCGCGGACGACGACUCCCCGCGGCAGGCGGCGGCGAUAGAGAAAGAAGGGAUGUUCGAGAAGCCUCUGACGCCGUCGGACGUGGGGAAGCUGAACAGGCUGGUGAUACCCAAGCAGCACGCCGAGCGCUACUUCCCUCUGCAGGGCGCCGACGCGGUGGAAAAGGGCCUGCUACUGGGCUUCGAGGACGAGGCCGGGAAAUGCUGGCGGUUCCGCUACUCCUACUGGAACAGCAGCCAGAGCUACGUCCUGACCAAAGGCUGGAGCCGAUACGUCAAGGAGAAGCAGCUGGACGCCGGCGACGUCGUUUUGUUCGAGCGCCACCGCGGCGACCAAGACCGGCUGUUUAUCGGCUGGAGGAGGCGAGGCAGCGGCGGCGCGAGUAACAACAACAAUGUUAGUAGUAAUAACGCUGAUCAUCAUCCUCAGCAACAGCAACAGCAACAUUACUACAGUCAGGCGGUUGGCGGCGGAGGAGGGGGAUGGGGGAGAGGAUCAGUGGUUGGUGGUUCGGCGGUGGCGCAGCCUUAUCUGGAACACGGUGGCGGUGGCGGUGGCGGUGGAGGGAUGUUGUUGGCGCAGAGUAAUGUGGGAUACCAACAACAACCUGAGUGUCUUCAUGCACCAGGAAGAGGAGGAGAGAAGGAGACAAGAGGAGCGGCGGGAGGGAAUUCCAGGAGGCUGAGGCUGUUCGGUGUGAACAUGGAGUGGCAGCCGGAAAAUGACGACUCUUCCUCGUCGACGGCGGCGGCGGCCUCCUUCACACCAGACCUUCAUCUCCAGGUGCCGAGUGCUUAUCCGCCGCCGCAGCAGCAGCAGUAUUAUUCCCAGCUUCCCUAUCAUAAGAAUAGUAACUCGCCUCCUUCUUCUUCCUCAACCGGCCCAAAUCACAUGGUCAGAUACACUUAAUUACCUUGAUUGAUACCCACAAAUCAAGAAGAAGAAAAAAAAAAAAAAGGGACAGGAAACUUUCUUUCCAUUUUCCUUUUACAGUUGGUAUUGGGAGGUGGAGGUGCCAAAUUCCAAGUCCAAGGUCCAAGUCGUGGCGCUAUAGCGGCUAAUUUGAUAAUUAAAUGGUUGUUUCUUAUGGUGAGACAGAUAGAUUUGUCGCAAUUAAUUAAGGAUUAGCGUGCUCAUUAAUUAAAAAUUUAGUCUAACUAACCUACAGCUGAUCAGGGUGACUGAGGGGGGAUAAUCUAGGUCGCUCUCAUUCAGUUACCACUCCCUUUUACUUGUAUUAAAUAAGUGGGUUUUAA